CAAAAGCAUUCCAUCCACAUCAAUAUUUGUAAUACGCCUUUAUCAUCAUGAAUGCUCCUGAUCGUUUCGAAUUAUUUGUGAUCCCUGAAGGUCAUAAAAAGGUGGAGAUGGAAAUAGAUACACGUAUUCCCAAUGCUGCGACUUUCAAGAUUGAAAGAGAAGAUCACACUUUGGCUAAUAUGUUAAGAGCACAAUUAUUAAAGGAUCCACGGGUACUAUUUGCUGGAUACAAAGUACCUCAUCCAUUGGAACAUAACUUUUUGAUCAAGAUUCAAACCAUACCCGGCACAUCACCAGGAAAAGCACUCAACGAUGCCACCUCAGAACUGAUCGGUGAAAUAAAUGCUCUCAAGAAUAAAUUCGAUAUGGAUGUACUUCGACAUCGUACUUUUGAAGACGCAAAAGCAACUCAAGGUGGUGGUGUUUAUGAUGAUCCCAUGUCCAUGGACCAACAUCGUGCUCCUAUGGAUGUUGAUUUUUGAUUUUUC